AUGGAUAAAUGUUCCAAAAAUAAACCUCUUCUUCCUAAAAACAUCAAGGAACUGGAUGUUCAAUUCAUGUUAAAUGAAGAAAAAAUUCUGCCGAUUACAAACAAAACUAAUAUAAAAAAUAUGGUAAUAAAGCUAAGUAAAAAAUAUUUCUUUGAAAGGAUACCUGAUGAGUGGAUAUCAAUAGAAAAGGCAAAUGACAAUAUUGAUACAUCUGUUUUAGAAAAUGAUACCAAAAUUAUAAUACCAAACAUAGAAAAAAAACAGUUACUUGAUUUAACAAUAACAAAAGAACUUAACAAUUAUAACGUAGAAAUUACAAUACCUAUUACUGAUGACAAAAAAAUUUAUCAAACAACCCAAUCUUAA